GGGAGGGGUAAGAGUAUAUAAGCCCUCUACACUCCUUAGCACAGUGACUGCUCCUCUGUCUACCUCAGUCCUUCAGACCAAACUACCAACUUCUCAGCAUGACUCAACAACCAAUCAGCCUUCCUGCAAAGCUCAUCAAUGGUGGAGUUGCUGGAUUAGUUGGUGUUACCUGUGUGUUCCCCAUAGAUCUAGCCAAGACAAGGCUCCAGAACCAAAGAGGCAACCAACAGGUCUACAAAAAUAUGAUGGAUUGUCUGAUAAAGACUGUUCAUUCUGAGGGCUACUUUGGGAUGUACAGAGGUGCAGCAGUCAACCUGACACUGGUGACCCCUGAGAAGGCCAUCAAACUGGCCGCCAAUGAUCUCUUCCGUCAGCGGCUCAGCAGAGGAGAGCUCAAGCUGAGCGUGUUUCAGGAGAUGCUGGCUGGCUGUGGGGCAGGGAUGUGUCAGGUUAUAAUAACAACCCCUAUGGAAAUGCUCAAGAUCCAGCUUCAGGAUGCGGGUAGACUUGUGGCCCAGCAGAGGAAGCUAACCAUGCUCCACACUAUGAAACUUGGAGGGGCCAGUCCAGUCCUGAACUACUCGUACAGUGUAGGUCCUGUGUCUUCAAUAAGAAAAGUGUCAGCCAUUCAGAUUACCCAGGAACUACUUCGUACAAAGGGCAUCCAAGGACUGUACAAAGGACUAGGAGCAACUCUCAUGAGGGACAUCCCAUUCUCUGUGGUUUACUUUCCUCUCUUUGCCCACCUCAACCAACUGGGCAAGUCAUCUGAGGAUGAGAAUGCGCCAUUUUAUUGGUCCUUUAUUUCAGGCUGUGUAGCUGGAUGUACAGCAGCUGUGGCAGUCAGCCCUUGCGAUGUGGUGAAGACCAGGUUGCAGUCGCUCAAUAAAAGUGCAAACGAAGACACCUACAAUGGUGUGACAGACUGCAUCAGAAAGAUCAUGCGGAAAGAAGGGCCGACUGCUUUCCUGAAAGGUGCCAGCUGCAGGGCACUGGUCAUUGCUCCGCUCUUUGGAAUUGCUCAAGUUGUUUAUUUUAUUGGUGUUGGAGAGUUCCUCUUGGGACAGACCCCAUUCAACCUUUACUCUGUCUAAACAUCUUCACAGUAUAAAACCACCUUGUAACAGGUAAAUGGAAAGGAGGAGGCGAGAACCGGCUUUACAAUAUAAAUAAUAUUUUAAUGAGAAACUUAAACCAAAAGACACACACACAGGUGUCAGAGAGCUGUCUCUCUGUCGCACUGCCAUCUCCAGUUGGCCUUAUCCCUCUCAGGCUUCAUCAGCCUAAUUAGGGGCCGGGUGUGUGGAAUCACGACUCGGCCCUGCCCUUCGCCAUGCCACGUUCCUCCCUCGUUCUCUCAGGCCUGGGAGUCCCCGGCAUAACCUACCCCCCCCCCCUUGCCGGCAGGUCAUCCCCGCCUACCCAGAACUGGGAGGGGACAAGGGGAGGAAAAACAACAACAACAAAAAACACAGUACAUACACAUACAUGAUGAUACCAACUUAAAAUAUAAUAAAAAUAAUACUUAAAAAGAGAGGGAAAGGCCAACGUGGAGUGGCUGUGGGAGAGAGAGAGGAGAGAGAGAGAGAGAGAAAAAAUAAUAAUGAUUUACUCGCCGGUUCUCCGAUACGCUGUAGUCUGGUCCUCGGCCACUCCUCCGGCCCCUGGUGGACGGAACACCCCGCCGCAUUUUCAGCGGCUGGUAGGAGUCUCCUCUGCCCCUGGCAGCGGCCCUGACUGCUCCAGGCGGUUGGUUAGGAGCCCCUCCUCCCCUCGCGGUCGGCAGACCUUCCUCCGAUCUCAGGUGGCCGGGCUCCUCCGUCCCCCAGCGGAUGGCCGCGGCUGCUCCGUUUGGGUGGAUGGUAAUGGCGAGGACUCUACUACAGUGCAUCCCUCCUCCUUCCCGGGUUUCGGCACCAGUGUAACAGGUAAAUGGAAAGGAGGAGACGAUAACCGUCUUUACAAUAUAAAUAAUAUUUUAAUGAGAAACUUAAACCAAAAGACACACACACACACACACACACACACACACACACACACACACACACACAGUUUUCGGACAGCUGUCUGUAACUCUCUCUCUGUCGCACUGCCGUCUCUGGUCGACCUUAUCCCUCUCGGGCUUCAUCAGCCUAAUUAGGGGCCGGGUGUGUGGAAUCACGACUAGGCCCCGCCCUCCACCCUGCCACACACCUGAAUUAAAUUUAAAAGACCAAGGCAGCUAUAAUGUGACUAAAUAUCUGAAAACAAGUAUUUUUUUAAGAAGACUGUGAUUAGCUUUGAGUUUAAGUGUUAACACUUUACAAUAAGGUUGUAUUAUAACAUUAGUUAAUUAUGUUAGUUAACAAUGAAUAACAUUUUUUCAUAACUUAUUAAUCUUUAUUAAUGUUAAUUCCCUCAUAUACUCAUACAUUUUUUAAAUUAAAAUGUAUAUACAGUAUGUUAACAUCAGCUGAUACAUGAUCAGCUAACUUGAAUUACAACAGAAAAAAUUUAAUUAACAUUAACCAAAAUUGAUACAUGAUAAUAUUGUUAUUUUUUAGUUUAUGGCAUCUAAUUCAUUUAUUAAUGUUAACAAAUAGGACCUUAUUGUAAAAUGUAACCAUUUAAGCUUAUGUCCUUACAUGCAAACAUGUUUACUGGCUUAUUAGGAAGAUAUAACAGCAUUGCAAAUGGGUACGUUUCUUAUUCUGUUGAAAAUGAAUGUCCAGGGACUAUCAGGUUUAUCCUCAGUGAGGGUUUAUUUGUAAAUGUACAGUCUUGAUUCAUGUGCUAAGAGGGCCAGAAAAUCUUCAACAUUGUUGGAUAUUUUCAUACUCAUGUCCUCCAUUAACAGUUUGUGCAACCAUUCUUUUGACAUUUUGUAAGUGUGGGAGGACAGCCCUGCAAAAAAUAGCUUUAAAUCAGCCUACAAUGGUUUGCUGGUCUUAGCUGGUUUAGCUGUGCAAGCUGGUCUCCCAGCAUGCCCCAACUGGUCUAGCUGGUUUCCCUGCUUGGCCAAGCUGGUGUUUGGCUAGUUUAGCUUGGUGGCCAGAUGGUCUCCUAGCCUAACCUGCUGAAAAGUGGCUAAAACCCCUUAAAACCAUCCAGCAGACCAUACUGGCCAGGCUGAGAGACCAGCUAAGACCAGCUUAGGCUGGUUUUAGUUAAGACUAGGAAAUUAGCAUGAACACACUUCUAUGGGGACAUUGUUAUAAAAGAAACAUGACUCUGAAGAGACACAAAUAGAGACAGGAUGUUUGAUUCCCGUUGAAGAGGAGAUUGGCUAGCUGGUCAGUGUGUGUGUUAAUUUAUUACGUUCAGAAUAAAUUCUGUCCUGCCUAAACUUGUAGAAUUCUCAUACUCAGAGCUUGAAACAGGUGUGUACACAUCUUAUACCAUUCCAAGCAGCUCAGAAGUUGUGGAUCAAGUGUGGCACACACUUCAUAGUAAGUGUAAGUGUACAAAAAGGCACAAUGACCAUGAAAAACUAAAAUAAAUUAAUCAAUUUAAGAUCAA